AUGAGACGAUCAAAUUCGAGGUGGGGCCUGAAGGCCGUGGUGCUGGUGGCAGCGUGCGCAGUGGGAGUCUUGGGUGAGGACGUUUUGACGACAUCGAGUUUCACCAAUUGUGACACCAAUAGCAGUGUGCGAGUCGACAGGGUCAACAUCUCGUACAACAACGACAAGAAGAAGGUGACAUUCGACGUGGCGGGAACGAGUACCAAGGUGCAGAACGUGACAGCGAUGCUGAACGUGACUGCAUACGGCCAGCAGGUAUACACGAACGCCUUCAACCCUUGUGAGGCAUCGACGUAUGUGAAACAAUUAUGUCCUGUACCGUCAGGUACAUUCAGCGCAAACGGAACACAGGAUAUCCCAGAGGAAUACGCCAACCAGGUGCCGGCAAUAGCAUUCCAGGUGCCCGACAUCGCGGCUCAGGCGACACUGCAACUCAAGGCACUGGACGAUGGAUCAGACGUAGGUUGUGUUCAGUCACAAGUCACCAACGGGAAGACGGCCAAUGUGGCGGCAGUGUCGUACAUCGCUGCUGGGGUUGCUGGUCUAGCGAUGGUGGCAUCUGGUGUUGGUGCCCUUGGUUCUGCGCUCUCGGGAGCCGCAGGGGCUGGCAGCACUGGUGGAGCUGGAACCAUGAGCCCCAGCUUCACUGAAAUAUUUGGCGUCUUCCAAGGUUUUGCCAUGAACGGCAUGAUGUCGGUCAACUACCCGGCCGUUUACCGGAGUUUUUCAAAGAACUUCGCCUUUUCCACUGGCCUCAUCCCUUGGACACAGAUGCAAAUGUCGAUUGACGACUUCCGGAACGUAACCGGUGGUAACUUGACAGAAGACAGCGUCGAAUUUCUCCAGAAUGCCACUCUGGUUUUCCCCGACGGUUCGACGACCACCGCCCAAAGCUCACUUCUUAAGCGCAGUGUCGACAACUUGGUGAUGCUCAUGGUCCGCGACAUCGAUACGACAGCCAGUGAUAGCGUUACGACCGACAACUCAACGACGAGCAGUAUCGAGGCUAGUGUCCGCAAGGCCGUGUCCGGCAUCGAGGGAUACGUUGAGCAACUCAGUGUUCCCAACGGUAACACCUUCAUGACGGUCCUGCUCAUCGUCGCCAUUGUAAUUGCCGUUAUCAUUGUCGGUAUCCUGCUCGUCAAGGUUGUCUUGGAAAUCUGGGCACUUUUUGCCAGUUUUCCCAAGGGUCUCACGGGUUUUCGCAAGCACUACUGGGGAUCCAUCGCCCGUGCCAUCACACAGUUGAUCCUUCUGCUUUAUGGCAUUUGGGUUCUGUACUGCAUCUUCCAGUUCACACAUGGGGAUUCGUGGGCGGCUAAGACGCUCGCUGGUGUCACACUUGCCCUGUUCACUGCUGUUCUAGCAUUCUUCACGUACAAAAUCUGGAGCACAGCCCAGAAGUUGAAGAACGCUGAGGGAGACCCGUCUGGUUUGUACGAAGACAAGGACAUAUGGGUCAAGUACAGUUUGUUUUACGAAUCGUACAAGAAGUCGUACUGGUGGCUGUUCGUGCCGGCAAUUGUGUAUAUGUUCGCCAAGGGCUGCAUCCUGGCAAUUGGUGACGGCCACGGCAUGGCCCAAACCAUUGCACAACUCAUUGUCGAGGGAUGUAUGAUGAUUUUGCUACUUUGGAGUCGACCGUUCGAGCGCAAGUCCAGCAACGUCAUCAACAUUGGGAUCCAGGUCGUGCGGGUAUUGUCCGUCAUCUGUAUUCUGGUCUUCGUUGAGGAGUUCGGCAUUGCCGAGACGACACAGACCGUUACUGGCGUGGUUUUGAUUGCCGUUCAAUCAGCCCUGACUGGUAUUCUCGCAAUUCUUAUUGUAUGGAACGCCAUCCUCUCCUGCAUCAAGGAGAACCCCCACCGGAAGAGACGCAAGGAGAUGGAAAAGAUGCAAAGAGAUAUGGACACGCUGACGCCUCUGGAUGCUCGCAAUUCAUUGCUCAUCACGCGUACCAAGAGCGAGGGCAAGGGCGACAGUACCUUCUCGAUGUCUAUUUUGAACGAGAGCAAGCAGCCUCUUGCGCGAAACGCGUCUCCGGAGCGAUACCAGGGCCCCCGCGAACCGACGAACCCAUAUGCCGCCAACGACGCAGUCUACAACCGACCAACAACGCCCUUGGAUGUCGAUCAAAGCAGGGAAAAUCUCGUUUCCCACGCUGCGCCUAUCGGCCGUCAACCAUCAGUGCCUAACGUGGGCAGCUAUGGCGGCGGCUACAACCCGAUUGGGUACGGACAAUACCGAGGAAACGCAUACUAG